UCGAAGAUAACGCUUUUCGCGAACCUCAGUAACUAUCACUAUGUUUUCUAUCACAGAUCUCAUAAUCACGUGUUUAAUAUACCACACCGCUUAUGGUGUGGAUACUCAAAUCGUAGGCGGCACGAAUGCUUCAGCGGAGCAAUAUCCUUAUCAAGUGUCAUUGAAACAAAAUGGAAACCAUUUUUGCGGUGGUGUUAUCAUCCACAAGAAAUUUGUUAUCACUGCGGCUCACUGCUUAUCGGAAAAGUUACCGAAAGAUAUUUCCAUCGAUGUUGGAAGCAUUUAUCUUGAUAAUCCUGAAACUAGAUAUUUGGCGCACAAUCUAAUAAUACAUCCUAAUUACAAUGAAACGCUGCACAUAAACGAUAUUGGUUUAAUUAACUUAACAAACAAAAUUAACUUUAGUAAUAACACUAAAUUAAUAAAUUUAACAUCUUCCGACCGUAAUUUCGAGGGUCUUCAAUUAAAUGUUACUGGCUGGGGAAAGCUUAAGACAGACGGUUUAAUUCCGAAUCAGCUUCAACAAAUUGUAGUGAAUGGAUUUUCUCAAACGGAGUGCGUCGAAUUGUAUAGUAACUCCACCAAUAAUAUGUGCACCCUUACUGCGGUUAAUAAAGGAAUGUGCGAUGGAGAUGCCGGUAGUGCGCUUACUUACGAAGACGAACUGGUUGGCAUCAUGUCAUAUAAUAGACAGCCAUGCGCCGAUGGCAAUCCAGAUGUGUUCACCAAAGUGUACCCUUAUAAAGAGUGGAUUAAUAAAACUAUUAAUGCAGGCAGCAACCAACAACUGAAUAUCAUUCUUGGAUCUUUUAUGACAUAUUUAUGUAUUUCAUUUAUGUAAAUACAUAUGCACAUAUAUUUUUAUUUAUGUAAA